AUGAACAAGGAGUUACACAAACAACAAGAUAUAGUUGAACCGGACAACUCCUCGCUCACUCGGCCCAAACUGGAUCAAGACGUGCUUGGACCCAGUCCCUCGGACGUUGGGACGGUGUAUUACUCCGAAUCGGCUCGUAGACCGGACGGCGAGAAUGACGUGAAGAGUUCACUCUCUAUGAGGAGUAUGAACACGACUACGCAAGAUGAGUAUCGUCGGCAGGAAGCUGGGCGUUUGUAUAAUGUGCUGAACGAGGCAUACUUUCUACCUACUGACGAUGACGAAUUUACUCGAUUGAACAAGCAACAUUUAGCGGUAGUAAUUGCUCUCUCUAGCCUAUAUACCGCACCUCAAGUUGUUGAAACAAUCCUCGCGAAACGAGAGGGAGAGCAACAGAAGAUCUUAGACGUCGGCUGCGGCACCGGUGUGUGGACAGUUGCAAUGGCCAAAGCAUUUCCGCACUGUGAAGUCGUUGGAAUCGAUCUCGCGCCUGUACCCCUCGAAUCCGAAGCGAUCCCACCAAACUGCCGCUUCGAGCUCGACGACGUUAACAACUCGCUCACCCACUAUCACGAUCUGUUUUCUGUCGUCCACGCGCGCUUUAUAGGUGCUGGCUUGCGGGACCACAAGAAGUGUAAAGAGGAGAUUGAGCGGUGUCUGAAGCCUGGUGGUAUUGUGCUGUGGAUGGACGGGGACUAUGAUAUGUGCACGAAGGAGAGGGAUGUUUAUAGCGUCCCAGCGAGCGACGCGCAUCCGGACGGGUCAUGGUUUACCAGAAUAUUGUUUGAAACGAGCAGGGCCACCCUUCAAAUGGGUGUUAGUGACUUAUUCGCGAUGUCAUCAAUGCUCAGUCUUGGGCUAUGGGAUGAUCCACUUCUGGAUCCAGAGACGUGUGGAGCAGGCGAUUUGUUCACGCCAAUUGGGCCAUGGGCUACAGAUCCAAACCCACUUCAAAAUCAACGUCUCAGCCACGUUGGCACAUUGAUACGCCAAGAUCUCUCAAAUGGGCAUAGAGCCCUGCAUGCCCCUCUUCGUAAAGUGGGCAUCUCCGCAGAGACGUGCAACGAGUGGUCAGAGUUGGCCGAUAAAGGUAUUGCUCUCAACUCACCUAGUGCUAUACUGCAUCUUAACGUGCACGAAGAGAUGAACGAGAUGAAAAAACCGCUCUUUCUCCGGUUCGCCUGUGCAUGGGGCCGCCGACGGGCGGCACCAGGCAAACCAGCGCCUCCACUCCCCCCAGUAUCCCCCAGUACUGAGAGGGAAGAUGAUCUGCCCUCAAGUUUGCCACCCUAUCCGUUCUUUGACCUGUUCGAAUCCAAGGAGCAGGCCAAGGAAUCGUAUGAGAGGAGGAACAAGAGCAAGACAUAUACGCCACCGCCAAAUCCCCCGGGUUUACAAGCAUAG